ACAGUCGCCAUAGGUGGUCGUGUGAUCUUAAGAGUAGUAUACCAAUUUUAGAUUUACGUUCCAAAAAUGAGUAAAAAGGAGAAUUUACUUUUGCUAUUUGAUCGACCUACAGAACCUAUCGUCCUACCAAAAGGCUCAGAAGGCGUCAACUUUAAAGUUCCUAAGCAGUAUUUGAAAGAUGAAUACCAAAAAUUUGGACCGGAAUUUGAAAAUAGAUUUGAAAACAGAUUUGGAGGUGAUGAUAACAAAGUUACCGUCAAAGAUAUCUCUUUGCCUUCUUUAGGAGAAAUAACUGACUUAGGAAGGGACGAAAAUUUCUCUUUAUUUAUUCCUAAACAUAGAAAACUUGCUGGACAACUAAUCAAAAUUUUUAUGGGAAUGAAAGAUCCUGACGACUUAAUGGCUGUGGCAGUAUACGCUCGAGAACGUGUCAAUCCUGUUCUUUUCAACUAUGCAUUUUCCGUGGCUUUGAUGCAUCGGUCAGAUACUCGAGAUCUAGAUUUACCAUCUGUUCUGUUUUCUUUUCCCGACAGAUACAUGGAUGGUAAAGUAUUUACAAGAAUGAGAGAAGUUGCUAACGUUGUUCCAGAGCCUCAAAGGACACCGAUUUUAAUACCUAUGGAUUAUACAGCAUCUGAUUUGGAAGACGAGCAUCGUUUAGCAUACUUCAGAGAAGAUAUUGGAAUCAAUCUUCAUCACUGGCACUGGCAUUUAGUCUAUCCAUUCGAGGGGCCAAUGGAAGUUGUCAAUAAGAAUCGCAGAGGGGAACUGUUUUACUACAUGCAUCAACAAAUUAUGGCAAGAUAUAAUUUUGAACGCCUAUCCAACGGAAUGAAACGAGUGGAAAGAUUUACCAAUUUUAAUGACCCCAUUCCCGAGGGAUAUUUUCCGAAGCUAGACAGUUUGGUCGCAAACCGAAGUUAUCCUGCUAGAGUUCCGAAUAUGCGUUGGCAAAAUUUACGACGAGAAGUUGACCAGAUUUAUGUCGAUAUAGACGAGAUGAAGCGUUGGAGGGAUAGGCUAUUCGAUGCCAUUCAUUCUGGAUACGCCAGAGAUGAAAAUCGCAGGCCAGUCGAAUUAACCGAAUACGAAGGAAUCGACAUUUUGGGUAACAUGGUAGAAUCCAGCAUUCUCUCUCCAGAUCGAGACUAUUACGGUGAUUUGCAUAAUAUGGGUCAUACUAUGGCUUCCUACGUUCAUGAUCCUGAUCACAGACAUUUGGAAUCAUUUGCUGUAAUAGGCGACUCUUCAACUGCUAUGCGAGAUCCAUUUUUCUACCGCUGGCAUGCGUACAUGGAUGACAUAUUCCAAAAUCUAAAGGACAGAUUGCCACGCUACACAGUCGAUCAAUUGAAUUUUGCUAACGUCACCGUACAAGACGUUCAAGUCCAAACCCAGGGUGCCCCUGUUAAUACACUCCAGACAUACUGGCAACAAUCCGAUUUAGAUCUCUCAAGAGGCUUGGACUUUCAACCGCGCGGAGCUGUUCUUGUAAGAUUUACACAUUUGCAACACAGACCAUUCACCUACAAGAUAACUGUCAACAAUGCCACCAACCGUCCCACUGUUGGGACUUGUAGAAUCUUCAUGGCUCCCAGGUUCGACGAAAGAAGGAACCCAUGGCUUUUCAGAAAUCAAAAGAAUAUGUUUAUCGAGUUGGAUAAAUUUAGAGUUAAUCUAAAACCUGGAAGUAACGCAAUAUCCAGAGACUCAAGCCUAUCUUCAGUGACCAUUCCGUUUGAGAGAACUUACCGAAACUUGAAUACAAGUAGACCAAGUGGAGGAGAUGCUUUGGCUAGAUUCAAUCUUUGUGGAUGUGGGUGGCCCGAAAAUAUGUUGAUACCUAAGGGAAAUGAUCGCUUUGAAGCAGAAUUGUUUGUUAUGAUUUCGGACUAUGUUAACGAUAGAAUUGAUCAAGACGUUGUUGGACAACCGGGAGAUGCGGGAAGCUUCUGUGGCAUUAAAGACAAACUGUAUCCCGAUCGUCGAUCUAUGGGUUAUCCGUUUGAUAGACAACCAAGAGCUGGCGUUGAUACUCUUCAGCAGUUCCUUACACCGAACAUGAGAGUCAGAAAUGUAAUUAUUCAAUUUAAUAAUCGAGUCCUUACACCAGGCGAAAACUUUUAAUUAGUCAAUAAUAUUUAUUGAUAAUUGUUAAACGUUUUAUAAAUGCGUACUAUUGUAUUACUUUUUGUAAUAAAUCUAAACCUUGCUUUUU